CCUGGUCACUGCCAGCACUGGAGCAGGGCGAGCUCUCCCGGCUGGGAAUCCCGGAGCAGACCUGGCUCUACACGCCAUCCCUUUUUAGCCUCAGAGGGAGAUCCGGGAAGGGCUCGGUUUGCUGUACGGAGCCCUCACGGCGCUGCCCUCACGGCGCUGCCCUUUUUAGCCUCAGAGGGAGAUCCGGGAAGGGCUCGGUUUGCUGUACGGAGCCGUCACGGCGCUGCCCCUCACGGCGCUGCCCCUCACGGCGCUGCCCCUCACGGCGCUGCGCUGCCUUCGCCCUUCCCGCCGUGUCCCCGCGCGGCCGCCGUACCCGGCGCACGUGUGUGUCCCGCGCGGCGGCGUCGCUCCGCAGCGCCCGUGUUCUUAAAAUGGCUGAGGACUUAAGAGCAACGGUUUCCAGCCAGACAAAGAGACUCAACAGCAGCAGCGAGGUGAUUCAAAGGCUGGAAGAAAACGGGCAUCAAAACAAAAGGUUGAAGGGUAAUGCGGAUGAGGAAGAUGCAGAGGAUCAGAAUAAGAAGUCACCCAAAAGGAAGAUUGUGCUCUUGAUGGCAUAUUCUGGGAAAGGCUACCAUGGGAUGCAAAGAAAUGUGGGAUCUUCACAGUUCAAGACAAUUGAAGAUGACUUAGUCUCUGCCCUUGUUCAGUCAGGAUGCAUCCCAGAAAACCACGGGGAAGAUAUGAAGAAGAUGUCUUUCCAGCGGUGUGCUCGAACAGAUAAGGGUGUGUCUGCAGCUGGGCAGAUUGUAUCACUGAAGGUCAGGCUAAGAGAUGACAUCUUAGAAAAGAUCAAUAAUCAUCUUCCUUCUCACAUCAGAAUUCUGGGCCUGAAGAGAGUCACUGGGGGAUUCAAUUCCAAGAACAAAUGUGAUGCCAGAACCUACUCCUACAUGCUGCCAACAUUUGCCUUUGCCCAUAAGGACCAUGUUGUGCAGGAAGAGCUUUAUCGGCUGGACACAGAGACCCUUGAAAGGGUCAAUAAACUGCUGGCCUGCUACAAAGGGACACACAACUUCCACAACUUCACGUCCCAGAAGGGCCCCAGGGACCCCAGUGCCAAGCGGUACAUCAUGGAGAUGUACUGUGGAGAGCCCUUUGUCAGGGAAAAUAUGGAAUUUGCGGUGAUCAAAGUGAAAGGUCAGAGUUUCAUGAUGCACCAGAUCAGGAAGAUGAUUGGGCUGGUGAUAGCAAUUGUGAAAGGUUAUGCUGCUGAGUCCAUCAUGGAACGCAGCUGGGGAGAGGAGAAGGUCGACGUCCCCAAAGCCCCAGGACUUGGGCUGGUUUUGGAGAAAGUACACUUUGAAAAAUACAACAGGCGUUUUGGGAAUGAUGGGCUGCAUGAGCCACUGGAGUGGACACAGGAGGAGGAGAAGAUUGCUAUUUUCAAAGAGCAGUACAUCUAUCCUACCAUUAUCAACACGGAAAGGGAGGAGAAAUCCAUGGCAAACUGGCUAAAUACCCUCCCCAUUCACGACUUCAACUCGUCUGCUGUUGAGAUGCAAACCAGCAACAAAAACUCAAAGAAGAGCAGCGAUCCCGAAGGCAGUGAUGGUUGUGGCGAUGAUUCUGACUGAGCCAGCAAGUGGCUGGACGUGGGACCCUUGCUGCUUGCACUUCCCUUUGUCUACAAAAAAGUGGCCUUUCUAAAUCCAAGAAUCCAGUGAAGCAGGAGUUUGGGUGCUUGCAGAACGAGAACUGGGUGCCCAGGAGAAAUUGGGUGGGGAAGACAGUGCAGCAGAAAAACCAGAAGCUUUUUAUACCACUGAUCGAUUCACCUGACUGAUAUACUUGAAAACAGUGUAGUGAGAAAGCAGCUUCCUAAAAGAAUCUUGAAAUGCAGGAUAUCUUAACUGCUAUUUGAAUAAUGUUUUAAUUAUGUUUACUUGGAAAAUAGUAUUUUAAAUAUGUAUCAUCUCUACAUAAAGGUGGGGCAAAUCAUUUUAAUAUACUCUUUUAUUAUUAAGUUACGACUUCAUGAGCUUUUGGGGUUUUUUUAAUCAUUUAUCUUUACUUAAACUGAAUCUCUAAGCACCAUUAAGCUUAUUUUCUAUGUUAUCCAUGGUUUUCCUAUGGAAUAACAUAAAUGACCCUGAGAUUAACUCAGUUAGUUAAGAGUGUGGUGCAAAAAAUGCCAGGGUUGUGGAUUCAAUCCCUUUAUGGGCCAUUCUCUUAGGAGUUGGACUCAGUGAUUCUUGUGGGUCCCUUCCAACUCAGAAUACUCUGUGAUUUAGACACGAUGGGUUAGGAGCUCAUUAUUGUGCUGACUGCUGUGAACUCUUUUGGUAUUGAAACAAAUUUCUGUGUUUUCUAGAGCUUUUCAGGUCGAAAAGAUAAAUGAUUCCCUACUCAGUGAGAGGGCUUCAGUUUGGAAUGGGCUGAACCAUCCAUUCCAAGAUGAGACCUUUUCUGUGGAAGGUGUCAUCCUCCCAGCAUUGCCCUCGUGCUUGGGCAGGUUCAAGGAUAUAAAUCCACAGCUCCAUGUGUAGUUGGGCCUUCUCUGCCUGAGGUGUAACCCGGAAAUCCUCUUGAGCCAUCUGCAGGAUCCAGAGUUGAAUCGGCUUGGCAUGUGUGAAAGAAAUGGUGCUGAAUUCUUCUGGGCUUUAAUCAAGCCUGGAUGUGUGAACUCUUCAAUCCCAUCAAGCUGCUCAGAAUGAGGAACGUGUGCAAUGAUAUGGGAAGCACAUGUCUGAGCACUGCCAUCCUCUGGGAAUCGAUUUUAAUUUUCUGUGUUUCCAGGAAUUGUGUACUCUGGAGUUCAUGCUCCUUUUUUCCAUCAGUGGUUUAACUUCUAGUUCUUAUUUCCAACUCGCCGUGGAGGUGGCGGAAGAAAUGACACCCUCCUGCCUCACCAGCCUGCAGAACACUACUGAAGGGUUGGAACAAGGCUCCAAGCAUUUGGAUAUUGGCACAAAGGCUUGAUACACUUCCCUAGCCGAGUCUGUGUGGAGACUUGCUUUGUAAUAUGGGACUUACUGAAAAUGAGGAGCCAACUCUUCAUUCUCACAUUUAGUGGUAUUUGGCCAAAGCCUUUAAUUUUAUGGUUCCUUCUGGAAUUAUUCUUUUGGUUUUGCAGGGGUUUUUUUUGGGUUGGUGAGGAUUUUGGGGGAUUUAUUUGGGGCACAGCUGUCCUUUAAAAAAGGAUUCCCAUGUUCAUUUUAUCUGCAUUUUCUUUAGAGCUUUAUAUUUUAUCAUGAAGGUGUUGCUCGAUUUUAUGAGAGCAAGUGUGUAGAAGUGCUCUGGAGAGGGUCUCUGCCUGGAUUUUUAUUUAUAUCCCUUGCUGGUCCAUAAUAUUGACCCACCCUGCAUUAUCUUCUAUCCAAAGCUCCAUCUUUCUAUGCCUUUCAAUCUGAAAAAAUAUUACCUUUAUCUGCUUAUAAUAAAGGCACCAAAGCUGUGAUAUGCACCACAGUUGGAAA